AUGAAAUACUCUACUUUGCUAUCACUUGCAUCUAUAUUCACAUACACUUUGGCACAUGGAGAUCAUGGUUCACCUGGGUCAGAUAGUACAAAUUUAAAAGAAUCACCUCCAGAUGGUCUAACUUGGGAAGAAUGGCAUAUGAAACAAGAACAUGGAUUAGAUGAAUAUGAUGCAGAAUCAUUUUUCACAUUACAUGAUUCUAAAAAUAAAAACUAUUUGGAUGCUGAUGAUAUACUGAAUGCUUAUGGAUUAAAUAGAGAUGAAGUUGUUGGGAAAGGUGAUGGUUUAGGUAGUCAUGAUGAUUCUGAAGGUAUAAGUAAAGAAACAAAAGAUCAAAUUGUCAAGGCAAUUUUGAAAAUGAUGGAUGCUAAUACAGAUGAUAAAAUCACUAAAGAAGAAUAUUUAAAAUUUGCUAAUAAAGGUGGGAAAUUUCCUGAUUUAGGUGUUGGUGUUGGUCAUCAUGGAGAUUUUGAAUAUGAAUAUGAAGUUCAUCAUUGGAAUAAAUAUCAUAAAGAUCAAGAUCCAGAUAUUAAAAAUAUACAUAAGGAAGAUAUUGAACAUGAAUUAUUACAUCAUGAACAUGAAAUUGAACAUGAAGUUGAUACUUCAGUAGGAAAAUGGACUGAUGAACAAUUUGAACAAUAUAUAAAAUUACAAAACAUUCCAAAAAAAUUUAGAUCAUGA